AAAAAAAGUCGGAAUCGAAACUAUACACGCAACUACACAAUUUGCUGGCUCAACCACAACCGGCAAAAUGUCAAACGAUAAGCCUACGGAAGACAUCCAGAUGGAUGGAGUGCAAACGACAACUGCGUCUGCGGACGAAAAGCAUCAGCGGUUGCCCGUGAAUGUAACAAAGCCGACGCCGUAUACGUUCGACCUUGGAAACAUGCUUUGCAAUGAUCCGAAUCCACUCAGCUCGACCUCGGAAGACGUCCUAUGUGAUACCGCGCGCGAUGCAGCUCAGGGUCUUCUCAACCAACUUCUAUCGACUUGCCCUAUUGCCUCCACAUCUGCUGGAGUCCUUUUGACUCUGCCGGCGCCCGAGACUCCUUUACCGCGUGAGAAGCCUCUUCCGAGCGACAAGCCGAUGACCAAGUGGGAGAAGUUCGCCGCAAAGAAGGGAAUCAAGAACAAGAAGCGAGAUACCAAACUUGUGUACGAUGAGGCGACGGGCGAAUGGGUGCCAAAGUGGGGAUACAAGGGCAAGAAUAAGGCUCAGGAAAACCAAUGGUUGGUUGAGGUUGACGAAAAGAAGGAGCGUGCUGGUGAAAUUGGCACCGAAAGGACCGCAUCAAGACAUGAGAGAAAAGAAAGGGUGAAGAGAAACGAGAGACGUAUGAGGGCCAACGAGAGGCGAUCCAGGACGCAGGUUCCUGGCCGGUCAUAGAGCAUCCUGUCAUCAUAUAUUUCAGUCAGGUGUUUCAUACGGCGUUAAGGAUGGGUAAAAAGCUAAACGGAUGAAGCGAAUCAUUCCUGGAAUUAUCUUGACUGCUUUGCUCAGCGCGGGCUAUAUAGUUUUUCUAAAUUUCCGAGUGAUCCAAUAUAUAAUUACGCCCAAGGAAAUAUUGUCUGUCUUGCGUACAUAGGAGGACAAGUUCAUUUAACUCGCUGGGU